UCACAGUGAAAAGAUGGAGCCCUCCCCUUUCAACAGGAGACAAUGGGUUUCGCAGUCACUGAGGAUCACGGCCAAAGAGCUUUCUCUAGUCAACACAAACAAGUCCUUGGCUCUCCUGGAGAGGUUCUCCAAGUACCAGAAAGCGGCUGAAGAAGCCACUGCUGAGAAGAAACGAAAUAGCGCCGACAGUCUCCCACCCCGCUUUCAACGGGGCGCCCUGAGCGCGCUCAAGAAGAAGUGGGAGAGCCCGGUGCUGUGCGCGGACGCUGCCAAGGCCGAAGCCCGCCCCAGGGUCAGCAGCCCUGGGGCGGCGGGCAGCCCUGCAGCUCCUCCAGGCCUGGAGCAGGGUCUGUCCGCGGGUGCCGAGAGCGAGAAGCCAAGAAGCCGCUCGCUGGAGAGGGGGAAGAUGGAAAACUGCCUGCGAGAACCCGGGCGAGAAGUGGGAAAGGCUGAAGCUGGUGACAACACAGAGCCUGUGGGGAAGAUCGAGAAGAGCAGCGUUCCCCUGAGCAAGCUGAAGAUGAUGUUCGAGAAGGGGGAAGCAGCUCCGAGCAAGCAGGGCCCGUGGGACCAGAGGAAGUCAGCACCAAGGAGCGUUUCUGAAAACAGCUACUCUUCAGAGGACUGUGAGAUUGCCCAAGGAGACAAGAGCCACAGUACCUCAGGGCAUCUAGUGGAGAGUAGUGCAGUGCUCAGCUUGGAGAAGGCAGAGAGCAAGAAAAGCCUGGACAUGCCUCGCUUGACAGAAACGUCCAUAAAGGACAGGCUGGCCAAGUACCAGGCGGCUGUGUCCAAGCAGGGCAGUGCCACCAACCUGCUGGCUCCUGGAGGGGAGAACAGCCUGCAUUUCCACUCGGAUCUUUCUGAGGAUGGCAACAUUGGGCUCAACUUAGAAAUCGACACAGAGGUUCAGAAACCUGUGAACACAAAACAGCAAAACUUUGGUUCCAAACCACUUGGCCAGAUGGAUGCAUCUCUGCCAAAGCCAAUGAAGAAGUUUCAGUUGCCAGCGAAGGAAAUCUGCGUUGGGUGCCAGAAGACUGUGUACCCAAUGGAGAGGCUGUUUGCCAACCAGCAGGUGUUUCACAUCAGCUGCUUCCGCUGUUCCUAUUGCAACAGUAAACUCAGUCUUGGUACAUACGCAUCUCUGCGUGGCAACAUUUACUGCAAGCCGCACUUCAAUCAGCUCUUCAAGGCUAAAGGUAACUAUGAUGAAGGCUUUGGACACAAACAGCAUAAGGAAUUGUGGGCAAGCAAAACUGAAGGUGAAGAAUCCUUGGAGAAAACUGCCAGUGUUGCAAAUGCAGCAGAAAAUCCUCCAAGUCCUGGGGUAGAGGAUGCCCCAAUUGCAAAAGUAGGAGUUCUGGCAGCAAGCAUGGAAGCCAAAGCUUCAGCUUUGCCUGAAAGAGAAGAGAGACCAGCAGAAACGAAGAAGCUCAGGAUUGCCUGGCCGCCUCCAUCUGACCAAAGUAUUCAAGGAAGUGCCUUAGAUGAAGGCAUCAAAGUUUUAAAACCCAAAUGGCCCCCAGAAGAAGAGCUUUCUAAGCCAGAUGUGCAGGACGAUGUGGACCUGGAUCUCAAAAAGUUACGAAGAUCUUCCUCACUGAAGGAAAGAAGUCGGCCCUUCACAGUAGCUGCCUCCUUUAGAACAACGUCUGUUAAAGGCCAUAAAACAGAGAAUUUAUCUCCUCCUAAGGCAGAGAGAGACAGCUUGAGAAGAGGCAAGGAACUGGAGAGAGAGGUUGUGACAGACAAAAAGCAGAAAGAAAAGAAGGUUGAGAAUAGGAAUGUCCAGAAUGCUGAAAAGAAAAAUGCAGAGGAAGAGCAGGAAUUGUUGGAUAGCAGAGCAGUAGAGCAUAACUUGGUAGAAAAUGGCCAGGUGAGUGUAGAGACGGAUGAGGAAGAACAUGCUGCAGAAGAGCAGCAAACACUAAGUGAAGAAUUUCUUGAGCCAAAUUCUCCUAAACAUUCCAGCUUAGCCAACAUUAAGAUUGCUAAUGAAUCAUCUCCUGACCAGAAUCGUAAGUCCCAAGACGUUGGUUUCUGGGAGGGUGAAGAUAUGGAAGAUCUCUCUGUGGAAGAGCAGAUCAAAAGGAAUCGUAACUAUGAGGAAGAUGAUGAAGAAUGAAUUGGACUUCUACUGGAAGACUUGCUGCACGGUGCUGGGCCUUUUAAAUCGGUAUUUUUAGCUUUAAUAAGCAGCUGUCCUCUGUGAAAGUGAUGCUGUACUGCACAUUGAUGUGUAAGGGAAUCAUUCGUGUGUGCACAUUACCUUGAACACAAAAAUACUGUGGAAGCCUGU